AUGGAGAAUUGCGUGUUGAGGUGCGCGAGCGCGAGUUGUUACGACGAAGUGUACGGACGCGAUGCGCUGGAGGAGGGAGAGGUGGACACGGAGCGUGGACGGGCGUUUCGGUCGUGCGCGAGGGAGGAGUUGAGGCGGUUGCGCGGGUAUCAGACGUUCGGGACGGAGUGA